CAGUCCAACAGCAGGCUUCCUCAUCCACUUCUCUUGCCUUCUCCUCCUUGGUGAAGAAGGUGCACCUCCCCCCCGCAGCCAUGUCCUGCUACGACCUGUGCCGUCCCUGUGGCCCAACCCCGCUUGCCAACAGCUGCAACGAGCCCUGUGUCAGGCAGUGCCAGGACUCCCGGGUGGUGAUCCAGCCCUCUCCCGUGGUGGUGACCCUGCCCGGACCCAUCCUCAGCUCCUUCCCCCAGAACACCGCUGUGGGAUCCACCACCUCCGCUGCUGUUGGCAGCAUCCUGAGUGAGGAGGGAGUGCCCAUCAACUCCGGGGGCUUUAACCUCUCUGGCCUUGGUGGCCGCUACUCGGGCAGAAGGUGCCUGCCCUGCUAAAGCCGGGCUGGGCGUCCAGUGAGUGCAUCGACCAGGAAGCCCAAAGCCGGGUGCCGGACCGAGGAUGGAGCUGCUGGCCAGGGUUUCCAGGGGGCUUGAGCACCCUCGUGCCCUCCCGCAAAGGAGGGAGGGAAGCAAGGUGCCAGCCUGUGCUGCCUGGAAAGACGGCCAGCUGUUGUCUUCUCCUUCGCCUGCUUUCUUCUCCGCAUCAUGAGUCCCUGUUGUCUCCUGCUGUCCUGUGCCACGGGUU